AUGUACUUGUUAAUUCCUAUUGUAUUAUAUGGUUUUGGUUUCAUACGACGGUUGAACAUUGAUAAUUAUAAAAGUUUCAAACUUCCAACUGUGGUUUCAAUGUUGUGGUUAGUCGGUUUUCAGAGGAUUUAUUAUUCCAAUUUUACUGUGUUGUGUUUGGGUUUAUUACUUGUUUCUCAGUUUCCUUACGUUAGAAUUCUUACAUGUAUAUAUGUUGUUAUAACAGUUUUAGUUGGACUUCGGCAACUAGGUGAGUGUAGUAGUCAAAUGAUACGACCUGUGACACUAAUAUUACGUUUGUUGGUGAAACUGUCUUUUGCUUAUUUGGUGACUCUAACUCUGGCUAGUCAAUUGAUUGAGGAGGGUAUUUUUAUUUUUUGUUUUUUGUGUUUUAUUUCUUCUAUGAAAUAUUUGUGUUUUUUAUUGACAUAUGUUUCACAAUUGAUGUUGCUGUCACUAAUAAUUAACAUGUAUCACGUGUUGUGUGUAAAGAUUUUUAGUAGCUAG